AACUCUAUGCUCGACCUACAACCCAAAUGUGUUUAUAGUUAUGUAUUCGGUAGUCGACGAGAGGAGUUUUGAUAUAGCAGAACAGAUGUUAUUGUUUCUAUGGAAAGGCGAAUACAUUCAUACAAGAGGUGUAAUAUUGGUUGGCAACAAAUCAGACUUGGAACGAACAAGAAAAAUUCAAACAAAUGUUGGUCGAAAUUUGGCAUACAGUUGGAACUGUAARUUUAUUGAAACUUCUAGUGGUAUCGAUCAUAAUGUGGACAAACUAUUAGUAGGCAUUUUGGCGCAAAUCAAGCUAAACCCGCUCAGAGAAAGGAUGUAUAACAGCAAAAGGAAAAAAUAUAGCGUCACAAAACUAUAUAAGGACUUUUUAGCUUACUUAAGAGGCGUUAAGUCCAGUGAAAAUUUGUUCAGUAUAUAAUCAUUUUAUUAACAUGACAUAU